GGUAGUGUCGGAGUGAACGGCUCCGUCGCAUACGUGAGCCAAAAGUCGUUUUGCUUUAACGGCACGAUUCGCGACAAUAUUCUGUUCGGUCGACCCUUUGAUCACAAACUAUACCAUAAAAUACUGUUUAUGUGCGCUCUGGAGGAAGAUCUCAAGAAUCUGAGCGCCGGUGAUAUGACAGUUGUCGGCGACAGGGGCUCGACGCUGAGCGGUGGCCAGAGGGCCAGGAUCAAUUUGGCCAGAGCACUUUACCUGAACGCCGAUAUCUAUCUAUUGGACGACCCGUUGAGCGCCGUCGACGCCUCUGUAGCCAAACAUAUAUUUGAAAAUUGUGUGUUGGACUUCUUGCGCGACAAAUGCGUGCUUUUGGUGACAAAUCAGAUGCAGUUUCUGAAGAGGAGCACAAAAAUACUAUACCUAAUGAGCGGC